CUCUAAAUGUUUGGUUCUGUUUGAGUAAAUAUUCUCAGAACUGUAACUGUUUCCUCCAGGUUUAACCAAAGGAACUGGUGUGUUACCAGACGGUCCUCUGAAUGCAGCUGUAGGAGGAAAUGUGAUGUUCAAAACAACAGUGGAUCCAACACCAACACUAUUUCAAUCAAUAGUAUGGCAGUUUAAAGGAGGCGUAAUCAUUGCAUAUACUUCUGCCGGUACUACACCUGGACCAGGGUAUGAAGACAGGGUCACUGUCAACACUUCUACUGGGUCUCUGGAGCUCAGGAAUGUGUCUCCAGAUGACAGUGGAAUCUAUACUGUGGCCAUUGUAACUCAAACAGGAGCAGUGCUAGUCGGAGAAACAACACUGACUGUACAGGUUCCAGUCUCUAAUGUGAAAAUAACCACCAGCAGCACAGACUUAAUGGAGUUCAGCUCUGUCCGUCUGUCCUGCUCCUCCUCUGGAUCCUCCCUCUCUUUCCGCUGGUUUAACGACAGCUCUGAGGUUACAGCAGACAGAGUUCAGAUCACUGAUGGAGGAUCCACUAUGACUAUAGUCAGUGUGACCCGCUACGACCAGGGACCAUUCAGGUGUUUUGCAUUCAAUCUGGUCAGUGAUGGAACCAGUGAUCCAGUAACCUUCACCAUCAGCUAUGGCCCUGAAAAUGUCAUCUUGAGGGUAUCUCCAUCACAAAAAUACCAUCCAGAAGGUUCAGACGUCGCUCUGUCCUGCUCAGCUGUUUCAGAACCUACAGCUGAGUUUACAUGGUUUUGUAAUGGAGUCCUUCAGUCUGGUACUGGACCAGAGUUCAGACUGAUGAACAUUCAGAUGAAUCACAGUGGAAGUUACAGCUGUCAGGCUUUUAACAGCAAAACCAUGAGAACGGAGACAUCUCAACCUUUACUCAUUUCUGUUCUGAAGCAUAUAUCAGAUGUUUCUGUCACCUCCUCUACAGCCCUGCCAGUUGAAGGAGAGUCACUCAACUUAACCUGUGAUGCUUCUGGAUCUGUGUUCACCAAAGAAUGGAUGAAAGACGGCUCAAACCUGAACUCUAUUGACAACAUCAUGUUUUAUGACAAAAAUACAGUGUUGUCCUUUAAGAAUCUAAACAGAAAAGACAGUGGGAGAUACACCUGUAGAGUCAUCAAUCCCAUCAGCAGUGACAGUUUCACAUAUGUCAUGGAUGUUAACUAUGGACCAGAAAAUAUUAAAAUCAAUGGUCCAAAUAAAGUCUCUGUAGGAACACCUUUAACAUUAAGUUGCUCUGCUGAGUCCACACCGACUGCCACCUACACCUGGAAACACGACGGAACAGUUAUUCACCAUUCUUCAGAGUACACUAAAGACUCAGCUGAAUUUUCAGACAGUGGAGAAUACAUCUGUCAAGGAAUGAAUAGUUUCACCGAGAAGACAGAUUCCAACAUGAUCAAACUGGAAGUAACACAGAUUAUUAAAGAACCAGUAGGUCUUUCAGGUGGUGCCAUCGCUGGAAUCCAGUAG